ACUUGUUUAAUUAUAAUGUCUGCUUCAGAUUCGGAUGACUACUUGCCUCACUGUUUCGUGAAAACCGGUAAAUCAAAAGAGUUUAUCGGAUGCACGAGCAUGAGCGAAGCGUUCCAUAGGCUCGACCUAGCUCGAGCUGUAAAAGACGUUAGAAGAAUCAAUUACAUCUGUAAGGUUGUUCAAAUUCUUGUACAAGAUAAGCUGCAAAAUCUUAGUGCUACAGCGAGGAAGAAUUUGUUAGCAAUUAUACAGGCAAUCAGCGAUUUAUACACCUCGACUAUUCGUUCUUUGGUUUUGAGCUUCGGCUCUGGUCUUGAGGGUCAUUUAUUUGGAUCUCCAAAACUGAUCUUAAAACAAAUGGACACUGUAGGCGAUUUGUUAGAAUUUAUUUCCGAAAGGCGCCUGGGAACCCUGGCGGAGAGCGAAGAGGAUUCAAUUACUUUUAUGGAUUUGCCCAGGGAACUAGUUCUAAUGAUUUUAAGGUUGGUCUUUGAUUUUGACUUUCUGCUUUUGACUUUCUUAUGGUUUGCAGUAUCACCUCAUGAAACCUUGGAAGCAAUCGUUCAACGUGAAAGUCAAUUAUGGGUGACCUUGUGCCUUUUUCAUUUCAGUCAAGAGCAGAUUGAAAGACAUUUUAAAGGUUGCAACAACUCUUGGCGACAUGUUUUCUUUGAGCUUAAAAAAUAUUACGGGCUACGAGAAGUUUAUGCAGACCUCAUACAUCUUUGCUGUCACUGUAAAGCUCUAUUCUGGAAGAAUCUCGGUCAUCCGUGCGUUUCCAAAGAUGCGCCUUCAGUACGUGUAACACCAAAACAGUUUGUUGAUAUGUUGCUUUUCUUGUGA